AUGGUGAACACAACCACCCAGUCGGAAGACACACGGCAUACGACGCUCACGAGUGUUCCGUUGAUGAGAUCUGUUCGUUUCCACGGUCCGGGAGAUAUCCGCGUGGACGAGAUUGAAGAGCCAUUAUGUGGAAAAGGUCAAGUCAAGAUGAGGCCAGCCUACGUUGGAAUUUGUGGAAGUGAUCUACACGAAUAUACCGGUGGUCCAGUCUUAAUACCGAAAACACCCCAUUGCAUUACGGGCUCGACGUAUCCCGCCCCGAUGGGCCAUGAAUUUGGAGGCAUCAUUGAAGCAGUUGGGGACGACGUUACACACCUCUCGCCCGGCCAGCGCGCCGUCGUGCGUCCCACGAUCUUUGACGGAACAUGUAGUGCCUGCAAGCAAGGUUACAACCACUGCUGCGAGAACAUUGGAUUCAUCGGAUUAAGCGGCUAUGGCGGCGGCAUGUCAAAAAAGAUCGUUGCACCAGCCGGCCACUUCUACCCCAUCCCCGAAACCAUCUCCCUUAAAGCUGCCGCCCUCAUCGAACCACUGGCCGUCGCCUGGCACGCCGUAAACCUGUCCCCGUUCAAGCCUGGCGAUAACGUGCUGAUCGUCGGAGGCGGGCCUAUCGGGAUCGGCGUCGUGCAGGUUCUCAAGCUGCAAGGAGCGAGACACAUCAUGUGCGAUGUUGCGCAGCGCGUGCGCGAGAUUACGGGUGGCGUCGGCGCAGAUGUUAUUUUCGACGCCGCGGGCGUGGAAAAGGCACUUGUCAGUGCCAUACCUGCUUGCCGAGUGCAUGGUACGAUUGUGAACAUUGCUGUUUGGGAGAAACCGCCCUCUAUUCCCGUGAAUCAGUUGAUGUUCCACGAGAUCCGAUAUAUGGGAGCGGCGCUCUACGACGAACAGUCAUUUUUGGAUACGAUCCGCGCGGUGAACUGUGGCCAACUCAAACCGGAAGGCAUGAUCACCUCGUGCAUCACCCUCGAUGAAGUGGUUGAGAAAGGAUUAAAGGCACUGCUUGAGCAUAGAGACGAGCACUGCAAGAUUCUGGUGGACGUGCAGGCUGAGACCUUCACGUAG